AUGGGGCCCAUUGGCCUAUUGGCCACUCUGGUCACUCUCGUCUUCACCGUUCACUCGAUGAGACUCGAUCCUGAAAGAAUAGCUGCUAGAUUACGCAUCGAAGAAGAAAUUGAGGAGGAUCGAUUGAAAGAAGCGAUUCGAAGAGAUCCGACGCUUGCUCGAUCUAGGAGACAACUUGCUACCCCGAAAGAGAUACAAAUUCAAGUAACAGCUCCACUCUUCUCUUCUCGACUUUUCGAUUAUGGACAAGAAGCAGGAGAUCAAGAAAUCCCUCGAUCACUUGAUGUUGGAAAGAAACUCGAUUUACAUCAAUCAGUCAAAUUUUAUGGAGAAAACUUUAAAACUGUUUAUAUACUUUCAAAUGGAGGAAUCGGUUUUGAAAGUGCUUCUCGUUCUUAUAAAACUCAUAUAUUCUUGGGUGGAUCGAAAUUGAUUGCACCGUUUUGGAAUCGAAAUGAUCUCAGGAAUGGAGGGCAUGUUUGGUAUCGAGAAGUGAUAAGUGGUCGAGUGCUUGAACGGGGACAAUCCGAGAUUCGAUAUCAAUAUGAUAAGAAUGUCAAAAUGCAACCACUCGGUGAAACGGUUCUUCCCGCUGACAAUACAAACACUUUUCAAGCAGCUCUUUUUAUUACUGACAAUGAGACUUUUGCAAAUUUCAUUUACAGUAACGUUGGCUGGACACAAGGAGCUGAGGCUGGAUUUAAUAAUGGAGAUGGUUCGGGUUUACACUUUACUUUACCAUCUUCAGGUUCUGAAAAUAUUAUGUACUUGGAAGAAUAUGGAAAUACGGGAAUCCCGGGCGAAUGGAUGUUCGAAUUGGGAGUGAAUCGAGUGAUUCGUUGUAAGCCGGGCUUUAAAGGAGACACCUGUGAUCAAGAGUGUUCGGCGGGAGAAUGGGGAGCCGACUGUGAUGGGUGUUGUCAUUGUGCCGAGGGUGGAUGUGAUGCGGUGAAUGGUGGCUGCAAGAGUGGAUGUGGCGAGUGUUGGAUGGGUGUUGCUUGCUCGACAAAGAAAGAGAAUUGCAAAUCGAGAAAUCAGGCAACAUGUGCUUUGAACGCUUUGUCCUAUACGGAAAAGGAUCGAUGUGGGGAACCUAUUUCGAAAUGUCAGUGUUUAGCCGGUUUCAUUGGAGAUGGAUAUAAAAAGUGUGAAGAUAUCAACGAGUGUAAAGAGCAAGGAAUUUGCCACGAGAAGGCAACAUGCACAAACACACCCGGUCGUUUCUUCUGUCAAUGCAAUGAAGGUUUUACUGGUGAUGGCGUUGUCUCUUGCUCUCCCGCUCUUCUUUACUCUUCUCAAUCAAGAAAUCUAUUACCGAAAGGAAAAAAUACAAAAAUGUCUUUCCCUCUUGUACCGGCAAUGCGUCUUUUUGGAAAGCUACGAAACUCGAUAACAAUCUCAUCAAAUGGCUUGAUUGCUGUUAAUGAUUUACCCGGAAAUUCUCAGUUUUUCCAUUUGGAUGAUAUCGGCGUUUCGGGAAUCGCUCCUUUCUAUGCGCCAAUCGAUCUCACAAAGAGUGGUUCAGUCACAAUCACUGAAGCUAAAGAUCAAUCUAUUUUACAAAAGAUCGCUGAAAGCAUUUCUCGAGCUGUUGAAGAGCCAUUUGAAGUCGAAUCAGCGCUCAUCGUUUCUUACAAAAAUGUAACUGAUGGAAAGAAUAAGAAAGGAAACACUUUUCAAUGUGUGCUUACAUCGGGUCGUUUGAGAAGCGAUUCACAAGCGACUUUUGCUCAACUUUUGUAUAAAGAUCUCUCAUGGAGUCGAGGAGCUGAGGCGGGUAUCGUCUCACCCGAUCCAUCAAAUUCAAUCUCUCUUCCUGGAUCGGGCACUGAUGGAAUCGAAUUGCUCACACAGCUUACAAACGUUAAGCAACCUGGCGUUUGGUUGUUCCGCGUUGAUCAAGAGAUUGUCCCCGGUUGUGUUCGAUCCGAUCAACAACCACCAUAUUGUGAAGUUGAAGAUCAAAGCCAUCCACCUACCCUUGCAGCCCUUCCACCUGGUCGAAAAAUCUCCACUCAAAAGGCUACAACCACAACAACGACCACCCGAUCACCAACAACGACACAAACGACACGCAAUGAACAACGACUUUUACCCGGACCUCGUUUCAUUCAACCAGAGAUUGUGAAAUUGUCACCGAUUUCUCCGAAGCAACCACAAGUCGAUGAAAUAAGAACUAGUGAAAUAACAACUCAUCAACCGACCACACAAAAACCAAGACCCGCUUUCAAUAGCACACCUCAUAAACCUCUCGUUUCGAUUUCUGAUGCUGAUAUUAAUGAGAUCCCGCCAGACGUCUUUGAGGUGACUUUUCCACCAUUUGUCACCGUGAUCCCGGAGAUUUUCACACAAAGACAGAAAGUGCAACGACCCGAUUUUAGCCUUGAAGUUACAGAAAACCCGAUUCAACACAAUAAACAAUUCCCAACAAUUCCGACAAUUACUGAAGUAACAAGGAUACCAAAUCAAGAGGAGAAUGCUAUUCAACCGUUUCCACCAAGACAAAAUGAGGGCCGUUUUGAUCUUCCUGUACCUCAGCAACCAAAAGAAAUCAAACGAAUCACUGCCGAGAAACCGGGAACGACCGACUCGGCACCAAUCCCCAAAUCAAUCACAACCAGCAAAUCCCCGUCAAUCGAUCUCCGCGAUCGCAUUGUUGACAUGCACUUGGGAAGAAAAAGUGAUGAAUUUCCACCAAGCAUUGUGACUGGAGAGCCUGAAGAGGAGAGCCAACCUCUCACCACACCGAAUCUCCCAACCACCUCAUCCACCUCAUCCAUUGAUCUUUCACUUCUCUUUGCCAAUCGUCCUGGCACCAGUGAUACUGAUAAAACAAAUCACUUCCUUGUAUUCACCACUAAAACUCCGACGAGAUCAUCGAAAGUUUUGAAAGAAGCAAGCACAGUGUUGAGUGGAAGAGGAAAAGAAGGACUAGUGACCGCUCCACCAACAGUUCCCGAUAAUCCCUUUAAACAACAUGAAGCUGCCAAUGCUGCUGCAAGCCGAAUGGCAGUAAUCAUCCCGGCUUCAAUCGUUGCCGCCUGGUUGUUGAUCCUUCUCUGCAUUGUUCUAUUCUUCUUUUGCAAGAGAAGAAGAUCUUCGGAGCGAUUGCAUACUUUAUACGGGCCAUCGUAUUCAGUUCGACCGGUUGGUGGAUAUAAUUUGAAGAGAAACAGUCAACAGAUUGAUGGAUCUUCCUAUGAGGAUCAUCUUGAUAAAGCGGCUCGUAUCAGUGCGGAAAUGAAUGCUUAUAAUCAAAAUGGUCGUGUUUCUUUAUAUGGCUCUUAUUGGAAUCUUCAAAACACAUCUCCAUCAGGAAGUCAUCAUUCAAGACAAAGCCCUCAUCUCACCGCUUAUCAACAGCCGAGCCGAUUCGCCUACACGGGGAGAUAU